CCCACCCCCCGUAUGAGACGGCUCGGAGCUGCGCCCGUCCUCGGUGAUGAUCGAUAGACGGAUGCAGGUAGCCUUCCUCCCCUACACAAGCAGCAUCACCACGCAUCCCUUUACUCCGUUGUGCAGCUUUCCUCCCCAUCAGCGCACAUACGCACACGGGGCUCCUGCCUAUUGAUCUCUGAACAUCUGGAGCAGCUCAUAUUUGUUUUACAAGGAAGGCAGUGGCCGCAAAAGGAGGAGUGAGAUAGCAACAGCAGCGGCGGCAGCAGCAGCAGCAAUAGCAGCAGCAGGACGGAGCACUUGACACCUUUCUUCACGGCAUCGAUAUGCAGUAGCGUGAUACCAGCUCUGCGGAGACGGAGAAGGCCAGUCCAUGGCAUCUUCAUAUUAAAACCGUGGGCUCUGCGCAUUCCCAACCGACAGCACAGUCUUGUUUUUUUUUUUCUUUUCUUUUCUUUUUUUUUUCCUCCCCUACCUCUCAUUCUGCAGAAUCGGAAGGAUUAACUUGGCCAAGAUAAAAGGCGGCAAGUGAAGAAACGCUAUAAUAAUUCAGCUUGACCAGAUUCCGUUCUGUCGUGGGGGAUUCGUGGGAUAUAUUCACUGGCCCCGCGAUGGACUCCAGCGCGGGGAAAUAUGGCAUGGCUCGUUUUGGAUUGUUUGUGCUUUUUAUGGGGCUGUGGAGAUCCGGCGAUGCCUAUUGCCCCGAAUCUUGCACUUGCAGCAUCUCACGGAUUGUUUGUAACGACCCCGAACCGGGGAUCGAGGAUUUCCCUGUCCUUACGUUAGAUGACAUGGAAAACAUCACCGAGAUACACAUUGCCAAUCAAAACAGAUUGGUUAACAUAAGUGACAGCAGUUUGAGGCACUACAUAAACCUCAGAAAUCUAACGGUGACAAGGACAAGAUUAACAUAUAUAUCCAAGGAUGCAUUUUAUAACAACACAAGACUUCAAUAUGUAAAUCUCAGAGAUAACAACCUCUCCAUGCUGUCAUGGAGAACAUUUCAGAACUUCAACAGUACAUUUCCGCUUCUUCUAUCUGGAAACCCUCUGGAUUGUGUUUGUGAAAACUUGUGGAUCAAACUGAGACUCCAAGAAGACAUAGACGGUCCAGAGCUGACAUGCACUGAUGAAAGGGGAGAGACAAGGGACUUUGCCACACUCACUCCUCCAGACUGUGUGGUUCCCAAAGUAGAGUUGAGCCCCAAAAAUGUGACUGUAAGGGAGGGGCGUGAUGUCAAAGUUGUGUGCAGUGCCUCAGGCUCCCCUGUUCCUGAAAUCCUGUGGACCCUUGAUAUGCUCUCAACCCACUAUGAGAUUGACCCUUUGGAAACAGAAAGCACCCUCAUCUUGUCAGGCCUGUCUCCCGAUGACAACGGCAGGGUGAUCGUAUGCAGCGCCGAGAACAUAGUCGGUCAGAUUGAAGCCACGCUUCAGCUCAAUAUCCUCUUUCCCCCUAGAAUCGAGCAGCUGCUGGCUCCAGAACAGGCCCACCAGUGGUGCAUCCCAUUCACUGUGACGGGGAACCCCAAACCUAAGCUGCUGUGGUAUCAUAAGAAGGUGCUUCUCCAGGAGCAAGACUUCAUCCGCACCAUGAUCCACGAGUCCACCGAGAACGAGGACCACGGCUGCCUGCAGCUCGCCAAUCCCACUCACAUCCACAACGGCGAAUACAAGCUCGUGGCGAGGAACGAGUACGGUCAGGAUGAAAAGACGGUCACCGCCCAGUUCCUUGAUCCGCCAAACAUUACAGGAAACCCAGAUUAUGAUGAUCACAUAUAUACUUAUCCAGAUCCACCGCCUCUGGACGACAGUGUUGCAGUAUAUGUCGUUGUGGGAAUUGCCGGUGUUGCCCUGACUGGCUGCGUCCUCAUGGUCAUCAUUUUGAAAUAUGGAAGAAACUCAAACUUUGGUAUUAAAGGCUCCUCCUCGGUAAUCAGCAACGACGACGACUCUGCCAGCCCUCUUCAUCACGUCUCCAAUGGCAACAACACCCCGUCGUCCUCAGAGAUGGGUCCAGAUGCAGUGAUCAUCGGGAUGACAAAGAUUCCUGUCAUUGAGAACCCGCAGUACUUCCGCAACUCCGGCAGCAUGCUGAAAGCUGACACGUUUGUGCAGCACAUCAAGAGGCACAACAUCGUGCUGAAGCGGGAGCUGGGAGAAGGAGCCUUCGGAAAGGUCUUCCUUGCCGAGUGCUACAACCUUGUGCCAGAGCAUGAGAAGAUCCACGUGGCCGUCAAGACUCUGAAGGAGGCCACUGAAAGCGCUCGCGCAGACUUCUACAGGGAGGCGGAGCUUCUCACCAACCUGCAACACGAGCACAUCGUCACCUUCUACGGAGUGUGUGUGGAGAGCGACCCGCUCAUCAUGGUUUUUGAGUACAUGAAACACGGAGACCUGAACAAGUUCCUCAGGUCCCACGGUCCUGAUGCGGUUCUCAUGGCAGACGGUCAGCACAGUAUCUUGGUGGAGCUCACCCAGUCUCAGAUGCUGCACAUUGCCCAACAGAUUGCUGCUGGCAUGGUCUACCUGGCCUCCCAACAUUUUGUCCACAGAGACUUGGCAACAAGGAACUGCCUUGUAGGGGAAAACCUGCUGGUCAAGAUAGGAGACUUUGGCAUGUCGAGAGAUGUUUACAGCACAGACUACUAUAGGGUGGGCGGUCACACGAUGCUGCCGAUCCGCUGGAUGCCCCCGGAGAGCAUCAUGUAUCGGAGGUUCACCACGGAGAGUGACGUGUGGAGUCUGGGUGUGGUGCUGUGGGAGAUCUUCACCUACGGCAAGCAGCCCUGGUACCAACUCUCCAACAACGAGGUGAUUGAGUGCAUCACGCAAGGCCGAGUCCUGCAGCGGCCCCGUACCUGUCCUAAGGAGGUAUACGACCUGAUGCUGGGCUGCUGGCAGAGGGAGCCCUACAUGAGGCUCAACAUCAAGGAAAUCCACAGCAUGCUCCAGAGCUUGGCCAAGGCCUCCCCCGUCUACUUGGAUAUACUGGGCUGAUCCACCAGCGUCUGCGUAUGCAGUUUGUGUGCAUGUGUGCUUCGUAUGCGGAUGGGUGUUUGGGUGCUGGAGAGCAUGUCGGGGGGCAGAGAGGACGCUAGAAGUGAAGGUAGCGUGACUACGUCUAUGUACAGAAUCCGGUUGUAAAUGUGACUGUAAAAUGCAAGCUGUCCGUGUCCUCAUCCCGUGAAGAGAAGCCUUAACGUUUAGGUUUUUGCUGCUUUUUUUGUUUCCUUCUUUAUUUGCAGAAUCUCCUUGGCAUGUUUCAUAGAACGAAGUGAAAAAUACAUGCAGAUUUAUGUGAUUUUACUUAAAAUAACGGUCUAAAAAAAAAACCCAAAACAAAACAAAAACGAGCAGAGAGGUCAUUGUGCAUCAUGUGAAUCCAUCGCCACAAUGUUUUUCAUACUUGCUAAGAAGGGGAGGGGGGUAAUAAAAAAAAAAUCAAAAAAGCAAGAAACACUCAUUGACUGAGAAUAUAUGGAAACGUCUAUGUAGAUAAAGCUUUUUAAGUCCAGUUGAUUUAAAUCUGGUAUUUAAGUCAUGCACAUGUAAAAACAUUUUACAGACAAGUAAAAAAAACAAAAAAAAAAACAAGAAAAGAUCAUUUCAAAAUUGUGAAAUAAAAGGGAAUAUAUUUUACAUCCUGAAUUAAAAAUGACAUAUUUUGUGAAUACAUUGGUGGGAAACAGUUUGGUUUUAGAGAGCAGGGCCAUCUGAAGCACAGCGCGUUAACUCUGGAGGACUGGUUGUUUUUGUUUUCCAUUUGUCUGUCAUUCACCUGCAGUGCCAUUGAGUAAAAAAAAAAAAAAAAAAUCUUUAUUUUGUGGCUCAUCUCUGAAUGAUGUUUCAGAGCCAGAUUUCAAGGCUCUUACAGGACGGAUCGAGGUGAGGCAAUGGGCCGAGAGGGAUUUCUUUGACGCUGCUUAAAGACGUUUGAGGCUUUCGGCAUUUUCAGUCUUCGCUUUGCAUCGGCUUGUUUUGAAUUUCUUACCUUUAGUUUUAUGUGCCCUGACCCCUUGAUUUUUCUUUUCACAUUUUGAACUGUUACACCAAACUUUAAUGUAUGCUACCGACAUUUUACCAGAUAAACCACUGCAAGGUAAUGCAUGCUUAUGAAGUGGAAGGGAAACAAAUGUAUGUUUUUCAAAUUUUAUUUCAAAUAAAACAAAAAAAUAACAACAACAACAAAAAAAAAAAAACAGCAUGGGUAUCUACCCCAUUCACUCUAACUUCAACAUCACUAUUGAAACUUUACAUGCGAAACAAUUUAUUUCCAGGAAACUGUGCAAGAUGCUUCCACCUGUGUUGUGGAUGCUGCUGCUCCUCCAGAGCAUCUUUUCUGAUUUAUAGCUGGGUCACACGUUAAAAGCUUAGGAGUGUGAUUUUUUCUUUCUUUAUUUCAAUAUGCUGCUUUAAACCAGCUCACAGCUUUAACUCUGACCCGUCCAGUGUGUUCGUUGGCCUUCACGAUUCUGUUCAACAACAGCCGGAUUUUGUGCCGAGGGUAAAUUACGCAACAAUCGGGUCUUUUUACGAAUCAGUUGAGCACUGAAGAGAAUUGGCUGCAUGAGAUUUUAUUUAGAGGCAUUCGAGCAAAUUUGUGCCACACUUUUUAGAUUUGUGAAAAUCUCAAAAGAUCACAUCUCUUCCACUUUUACAAUUGUGCACUACCUUGUGUUGGUCUGUCACACAGAAUACUAUUAUUAUUAUUUGAAGUCCAUUGUAGGCCCAAGGGGUGUGAAAUAAAAUGCUGCCAGACCACAGCGGAAAGAGUAAAUCAGCAGCUGACUGGGCUUAACGUACCGCUAUUGUGCUUUCAUCUGCACCCUAGCAUCAAACUAACCAUUACGUGUUUUUUUUUUUUUUAAGAUGUAAAUGAGUCAGACAAUAAGUUUUGUUUGUCAGGUGCAGUUUGUAGCAUUUUUAUAACCCUCCCACGCCGUCAACGCCCCAAAAUGCACAACCCAAGCAGCCACCCUCUACCACUGAACACCCUUUGUCUCGACCCCAGCUGUAACCUUCAGCCUGGCUGAGCUGAAGCAAAGUGUAAACCUGAGGAAAAAUAAGCUUUUUUUUUUUUUCUGUGCAUCUCACUUAUGUGUUUUUUUUUUUGUUUGUUUUUUUACACACUGUCCUGUAUAAUAUAGUCUUGUGUGGGCUGUAUAUAAACUGCUGUCCAUCCUGUACAGUUCUGAUAACUGUCUAUAUGAAUAGUAGGCUACGUUUAAUAGUAUAAUCUGUCCCAAGCAGGUACGUCAGAAACUGUGUGACACCUAUCGAAGACAAUGUGUUAUGGGCCACCGGCAAUACGUACUAAAUGUAAAUAAUGAUUUUAUUUGUGCGCUGUCGUACGAUUUCCUCGUGCUCGUUCAUGAUACCAGUGAGAAUACAAUCCUCCUCCCUUUUCGGCGACUUUUGAUCUGCAGAGGACGUUGUUUGAACAAUGUGCUUUAUUUUUCUCUCUGAAAAGGAGAAUAAAAAAAAUAA